CACAGUAGUCAUCGGAGUUUCAUUCUGUUUGAGGAUACUCCAAGGUAUAUUUGCAUAUCCAGGCUACCUCGUCCCCAUCGACUUCAUCAACGCUAAUCUUGGAAAGAAUUUAGAUUUUGUGAAUGGUCUUCUGAACCUGGGUUACUUUACAGGUCAAGGAAUGGCUGAGGUUAUAGGUUGCAUUCUCUAUGAUAAUUACGGGUACAACUCAGCUUUCAUGUUCUCUGCAGGAGUGGCCUUACUGUCAGUCAUCCUCAUAAUGUUCCUCAUACCCAACACAAAGACGUACCUUUCCACCCCUAAAGACAUUCCGAGUGAGAUGCAAACGGAGAAGGGACUGACAAGCGACCAAUCGAGACUGAGCAAGUUCCUCAUCAUUCCUAUGGUUGCCUGCAUGUGCAUUAAUGCAAGUUACGGUGUACUACAGGUUGCGGAGACGCCCUUUCUGAAGGAGGAGUUCCACAAGUCUAUAACCUACGGGGGCACAGUCCUAAUUCUAGCUUCAGCCGGAAUGGCAACAGGAAGCUUCAUCACUGGCAUCCUCCUCCAGAAGAAGAUAUUCAACGCCUUCACAGUGAUGGCUAUGGGAGCUUUGUGUCUGUGUCUAGGAAUGUUGAUAACCUUCCCGCCGGAAUUCAUACCAGCAAUGUACCAUGAAGCUCCGAUAACGGCCUUUCCUGGACUCUUCAUCGCUGGGUUCGGAUACCCUUUCACUACCCUUGCCUCACUUAGAGUUCUCUACAACAUCCAGAUGCAGAAGAGAAGAGUGUUACCACCGAAAGUAGUUACGAGAAUAACAGGACUCUGGUUGAUUGGGUACUGUUCUGUUCUCUACCUGGGCUCCUUCGUAGCUGGGGUAAUGACGGACUAUGUUUCAUACUCAGUGAUGGCGGGGAUACUCUCCACAUGUUGCCUGCUGGCAAUGGUCACGUGUGUGCUUAUGAGGUUCAUCUUCAGAUUCAGCUUGGAAGUUGACCCUGACAGGAAAACAACGACAGUGAUAGCUAAUCCUGGUUUUGAUGAAAACCAUACCGUUAUAUUUGGUAUAAAAACAAAACAAUGCGAAGGGCCGUGCGCAUGAGGGGUGUGAACUGUGAACACUACAGUAGGAUCCGAACAAUAUUAUGGGUCGGGGACAUCUGUCUCAGGCUGAACACAACUACACAAUGGGGAGCCAAUAGCAUUAAAUGGCAGAUAAGCGAAAAUGUUAAAUACAUGAGAAAAUUUACUCGAAUUCUGUGAAAAUUUCCCAAUUUAAGCCCGUUUUAUGCCGUUAGCUACCCUGCAUUUGUGUAUCUUUAGAGAGUGGUGUAUUUUCUUAAUACUCGAUAUGUAAAGAUUUAAAUGAAUCCUUUGAUUAUUACAUUAUACAUUAAAUGACAAAUUCUUUCAGUUUCAGUGCGGAUAUAAUACAAAUAUGUUUGCUAAAUUUGUGUCAUUAUGAUAUGUAUGAUUGAUUGAUUUGAAAGAUUUCAAUUAAAAAAUGCUCUGAAAUCAAUAGACAGUUUGCAGUAGUACUGUUCCAUGUACAACUUCUAUUUUAACUAUAUUUUGUAUUGUGG